ACACACACACCACAACCACAGACACACCACAACCAUAGACACACAUCGUUCUCACAAGCAAGCAAGCAAGCCAAGCGAGGGGUCGUGUGCGCAUGCGCAUUCACCACAGCUCAAGACACACGGUUGGAGCGACACAGCAGGAAAGAAGGAAAAGCGUCAUCAACACCACCACAUCACCACUCUCGUCAUGUCGGGUUUGAGAAGGGCGGCAAAGCACCGUAUGCAGAAUCGCCCUGCGUGCGAGCUUCUGGCAAAGGAAGCAACAUGCAAAGGCGAAACCCCGCCAACACAGGAACAGCUUGACGCCAUCAUCGUCGACAUGCAAGACACAUUCCAGCGACAGCUGAUGAUGCGCGUCUUCACCAAGCGCCUCCAAGAUUCAGGCCACUUGUGGUCCCACCCGUUCAAGGUGCUCCACGUGUUUGAGUACAUUCUUCGCAACGGCAACCCUACCCUGAUCACUGACAUCUACGUCGUGCGCACUCACAUCGCUUCCCUGCGAGCGUUCACCUACUUUGACAAGGACAGGAACGGCGUCGAUCGUGGUGCUGCUGUGCGCGCGCAGGCGGGCGUUGUCCUUCAGCUGCUGGACCGUUGGGCACAAGAGGAUGACAACACGGGGUUUGUCUCCUCUUCGGCAUCCUCAUCCAUCGGACCGAGCUUGCAUGCAGGCAACUCACAGCCAAGCAGCAGCUCGCAGUCCUCAAGCUACGGCUUCCACAACAUGGCCUCUCCUUUCGUCUAUGAUGAUGGUGGCAGUGGCAGUGGCAACGGCAACGGCAACGGUGCCGUAACAAGUGCACCACAUGGGCAGCUGCUUGGCCCACCACCAACAUCGUCCCCGCCGCCGCCACCACCGCAGCACCAACAGCCAUCGUCGUCGUCGUCGUCUUCGUCUUCGUCGUCGUCGCGGCAAAACGGACGGCCACUCCCCACCCGCCCACCUGCCAACCGGCACCACGCUGACGCUGGCACAUGGGCACAACACCAGCAUCCCACGUUGGCACCAGGAACACCAGCAGCAGCAGCAGCAGCAACAACGUCGUCGGUGACAGCGCCAGCCACGCCGGCGACUCCCACCAACAAGGGCACGCCGCUGUCCCGUGGCGGGAGCGUGCCAACCUCCGAACGCAUCGCACGGCAGCGCCGGGCGCACCAGCAGUGGCAACAACAGCAGGCGCAGCAGCAGCAACAGCAGCAGCAACAGCAACAGCAGCAACAAGGUUAUGGUGCACCCCGCCCACCUUCGCCUGAGUACGAUCAGCCACUCGUCCGCAGCGGUGGAUCCGUGCACGCGUACACAUCUUCCAACCACGUGCCUGCAGGCACGCCAUAUAGCCAGCAACACGGGCAAUUUGACAACGGCAACGGCAAUGAGGAGCCCGUUUAUGCGGUGCCGUAUGCGCACACGCGUGUUGCGGGCGGGCAACAGCAGCCAGCGCCGGACUACUCGGCGCUUGUGGACCCUGUGCUGCUGACACACGGGGAGGACCCAAGCAGCGGGUACUAUGAUCCCAUGCAGCUUGUUCGCCAGCAGCAUGCCGCGCGCACAGCCCACCCGUCCCGCGCCACCGCCUCCAUCUCCGCACGCGCAGCCUCGCACGCCUCCCAGCAGCCAGCGUAUGUACAGCCACUGGCAGGCCCACAGUCCCCACACUACAGCCACCAGCACCAGCACCAGCAGCAACACCAACACCAACAUCAGCAACCGCAACACCAGCCCACCCAUCAAUACCAACAGCCGCCACCACCGCCUGCCAUCACGACAGCACCACCUCCACAGUCACAGCCACCAUCCCUUCAAGAGCCCGUCUCCGCCACACUUUCGCCGACAACGGCCACAACAACGACAGCAGCACCCCAGCAUGUCGUGCACACCAAUGGUGUGUCGGGUGGUGCACACGCGAGCGACGACGACGAUGGGGAAGAGGACGAGGAAGAAGAUGCUGAGUUGGCCGAGGCAAAGCGGCGCAGCGUUGCAGAGGCGCGCUUCCGGCAGUUUAUUGAGGAGGAGAGGAGGGCGGAGGAAGAACAGCUUGCACUCGUGCUGGAACUGAGCAAAGUCGAGAUGUGACGGCACGGAGGUGACCCACCUCUUGACUCGAUGGCGGAAGUGCCGGCAAUGUGUGUGUGUGUGUGUGUGUGUGUG